AUGGGACCGGCGGUGGCCUGCUCGCCGCCGACCUCGGUGGCGCGCAGCCCGGCGCUACCGAUUGCAAGGGGCGCCGCACGGCUCGUCCCGUGCGCGCGCAUCUCCAAUGACGGAGGCGCAGUGACAGCCGAGCGCCGCAGCGAGGACGGCGCAUCGCCCCUGCUGCGUCCCUCGGCGCGCUUCAGCUUCUCCAGCAAGAGCUGCACGCCGGCGUCCCGCAGCCAGUCCGCCGCAUCCGCCUCCGCCGCGGCGGGCGGCUCCCUCCGCUCCCGCCCGCCGGCGGGGCCGUCUGCCGUCAAGGCGCAGAACGUGCUCAUCGGGUUCGAUGCCCCCUCGGAAACCCACGCCCCACCAAAAGGGGCGCCACCAUCGCCGGGGCGUCGCGAGACCAGCCUGCUGAGCAUCGCGCUGUCAGACCUGCCGCCAGGGUCCUCUGGCGGCGGCGCCGCAGCCGCUGCUGGCUCGGCGUUCUCGCCUGCACUCGAUCUGUUCGGCACCACGUCGCCGUCCGGCGGCUUCCUGCGGCGCCAGGACUCGUCCGAGCCCGACUUUGCCCAGCUCGAUGCCCUCGCCGGCCAGCACCCCGUCAUGGCCUCCCCCGUCGUCCGCGCCGCCUAUGCCGCCGCGUCGCGCGCGCACGCGGGCCAGCUGCGCAAGAGCGGCGAGCCCGUGAUAUCGCACUGCCUGGCGACGGCCGCCAUCCUGGCGGAGCUGGGGCUGCCCGAGGAGACCGUGGCCGCGGGCCUGCUGCACGACGUGCUGAGCGACACGCGCGUCACGGCCUGGCAGCUGGAGGAGCACGUGCCGCGCUCCUGCGUCGAGCUGGUGGAGAAGGUGACGCGCCUGAGCGAGGUGUCCCAGCUGUACCGCGACAACGCGCACUCCCUUGAGGCGGCCUCCAUCCUCCACAUGCUGACGUCCAUGUCUGACGUCAGCGCGCUGCUCGUCAAGCUCGCCGACCGCCUGCACAACAUGCGCACCGUCGGCGCGCUCUCGCGCUGCAAGCAGGUGCGCAUGGCGAGCGAGACGCUGGACGUGUUUGCGGUGCUGGCCAACCGCCUUGGCGCGUGGAGCGUCAAGGCGGAGCUGGAGGACCUGGCCUUCAAGACGCUGCAGCCCGAGGACUAUGAGCAGGUCUUCCGCGCCGUUGCGGAGCGUGCGGCCCUCAUCGACCUCCCUGCGCGCGUAGCCCAGGUCCGCGCCGCGCUGGCCGCGGCCGGCCUGGACGUGGUGGACGUCAGCGGCCGUGUGAAGAACAUCUACGGCGUGUGGCGCAAGCUGCAGGCCGGCGGCCUGGGCGUGGACCGCAUCGACGAGGUGUACGACGUGGCGGCGCUGAGGGUGGUGGUGCCGCACAAGCACGACUGCUACCGCGCACUGCGGGAGGUGGAGGGGCUCUGGGCGGCGGUGCCGGGGCGCUUCAAGGACUAUGUCCGCAACCGCAAGGGCAACGGCUACCAGAGCCUCCACACCACUGUCUUCACGGGUGCCGCUGACGCGGGAGCUGGCGCCGCCCCCGCCAUCCAGGGCGCGGACGACCCCGCAACCGCCGCCGCCGCGGGCCUGCCCGUGCCCUCACUCUUGGAAGUCCAGAUCCGCACCCCCAAGAUGCACUACAUAGCCGAGUACGGCUUUGCCGCCCACUGGCGGUACAAGGAGAAGCUGUCCCGCGAGGACCUCUGGCUGGACCGCCUGGUGCAGUGGAAGAAGUGGGUAGCUGCCGAGAAGCUGCGCCUGCGGGACUCCAAGGUCCGCGAGGGCGGCAGCCCGCAGCGCGACCCGGUGCUCGCGGCGCUGAUAGAGUCGCUGGCAGCCGCGUCGCCCGACGC